GAGGCUGGAACUUCCGGCGUAUCGUGCACGCAGCCAGAAAGCUGCUAGGAGGAGUUGCGGUGUGUGCAGAUGUCGGCGUUGCGGCACGUCGUGUGUGCCCUGUCUGGCGGCGUGGACAGCGCGGUGGCCGCGCUGCUGUUGCGGCGGAGAGGUUACCAGGUGACAGGGGUAUUUAUGAAGAACUGGGACUCGCUGGAUGAGCGGGGCGUUUGUGCUGCUGACAAGGACUGUGAAGAUGCGUAUAAAGUGUGUCAGAUCUUAGACAUCCCUUUCCACCAGGUGUCCUAUGUGAAGGAGUAUUGGAAUGAUGUAUUCAGUGACUUUCUGAACGAGUAUGAGAAGGGAAGGACCCCGAACCCCGACAUCAGCUGCAACAAGCACAUCAAGUUCAGCUGCUUUCACCAUUAUGCUGUGGACAAUCUUGGAGCAGAUGCUGUUGCCACUGGCCACUAUGCAAGGACGUCUCUGGAGGAUGAGGAAGUCUUUGAGCAAAAGCACACUAAGAGACCAGAUGGACUGUUCAGGAAUCGAUUUGAAGUCAGAAAUCCCGUAAAACUUCUCCAAGCAGCUGACAGCUUUAAAGACCAGACCUUCUUUCUCAGCCAGGUUUCCCAGGAUGCCCUGAGAAGAACCAUCUUCCCCCUGGGGGAAUUAACAAAAGAUUUUGUAAAGAAAAUAGCUGCGGAGAAUAGACUCCAUCAUGUGCUUCAGAAGAAAGAGAGCAUGGGCAUCUGCUUCAUUGGUAAGAGAAACCUGGAGCAUUUCCUUCUUCAGUAUUUGCAGCCUCGGCCUGGGAAGUUUAUUUCUAUUGAGGAUAACACAGUUCUGGGAACACACAAAGGUUGGUUCCUAUACACGUUGGGCCAGAGAGCUAAGAUCAGCGGCUUGAGCGAGCCCUGGUACGUGGUGGAGAAGGAUGGCACCAAGGGUGACGUGCUUGUGGCUCCCCGGGUAGACCACCCAGCUCUGUACAGGGACCUGCUGAGGACCAACCGAGUGCACUGGAUAGCUGAGGAACCACCUGCGGCCUUGGUCAGAGACAAGAUGAUGGAGUGCCACUUCCGAUUCCGCCACCAGAUGGCACUAGUGCCCUGUGUGCUGACGCUCAACCAGGAUGGCACUGUGUGGGUGACGGCUGUGAAGGCUGUGAGGGGCCUUGCCCUGGGACAGUUUGCAGUGUUCUACAAGGGCGAGGAAUGCCUCGGCAGUGGGAAAAUCCUGCGGUUAGGGCCAUCUGCCUACACACUCCAGAAGGGCAAGAACAGAACCAGAGUGGCUCCUGAGGUCUCCAGUGACAGCCCAGGCCUGCACCCCACAUCCUGACAACGACAGAAUCUGCAGCAGGAUGGUCAGUGAUGGGCUUCGGUGUGGCCAGAACCAGUGGGCAGGCUGGCUGCAGUCAGGGCAGCCUAAGGAGGGAGUGUCUGCGCUGCUACUCCAGGAAACCGGAAGUACGAGCUGGCCACCGGGUCUGCCUCAAGGGCCCUGAUGGAGCUGCUCUUCCACAGUGUCCAGAGAAGGCCAGCACAGGAAGAACAGCAGCAAAUAAAACUCUGUCAAAGUCUGA